AUGUGUAAGUUAUUUGCAUGCGAGGCUUGAAACUCCCACCAAUCUGAAGUUAGUUCAGGAAGAGCUGUGAAACUGAGUGGAGUCAAAAAAGAUGGCGAAAGUUGUGCACAUGAUUGACAGCGAGGUCUUCCUGGCCUUCUCCACAUAUGCAACCAUAGUCAUCCUCAAAAUGAUGGUUAUGAGCUUCGUGACUUCAUACUAUCGUUUGACGAAACAGGUUUUUGCAAACAUUGAGGACACCACCUUGGUGAAGACCACAGAAGACAGGAAGAAACUGGUCAGGUUUGAUCCGGAUGUGGAAAGAGUGCGAAGAUGCCAUCAGAAUGACCUGGAAAACAUUGUUCCCUUUGUGGUGAUCGGUCUUCUGUAUUCACUCACUGGGCCGGAUCUCUCCUCGGCUCUCUUGCACUUCCGGGUGUUUGUGGGGUCACGCUUCAUCCACACAGUGACCUAUGUUAUGGCUCUGCCCCAGCCUAGCAGAGGUCUGUUCUUUGGUGUGGGGUUGCUCGCAACCAUGUCUAUGGCCUAUAGGGUGCUCACCACCGCUCUUUUUCUUUAAUGGAUAGCACUCACUUCAUUUAAAAUCAUUUAGUUUUAGUUUACAUACUUUUUGCAGUUUUGUGUGAAAGAACACACAAAAGAACACUUUUUUUCUUUUUACGGAAUUUUUAGUGUGUUUUCUAUUGGUUUUCAGUACCACACCCCCUUUAAUGCACUUUAUAAUGUAAAUGCUAAAAAAUAUGCCUUUAAACUGCUGAUAAUCUUUAACUCCUGGCACAUAUUCGAGGAUGAGUCUGAAGCUUUGACCUGGAUUGCACAUUGAACAGACAUUUGUUUUUUUGUUACUUAUUAAUCAUGAGCGGCAGACUUUGAGUAACAGCUUUAGAUUCUGUCAGAUAAUUAGGCCUUUGUAAGUUUGUGCAUGUCGUUUCACACCAUUUGCAAAGAAAAGCACAGGAAAAUAUUCAAUUAACAUUUUA